AUGUUUUACUUUUCUUACUGGCAUUUGCCUGAGAGCCAGAUUAUUGAUCAAUAUUUCUCUCUGUCAGUCUACCUACCUGCUUAUCUAUCUCAGUCUAGUUGUCGCCCCCCUCCCUCUCUAUCUGUCUAUCUCACCUUAUUCAUAAUUAUCUGUCCAUCUACGUCUUUUUGUUUGCUUGUUUGUUUCUAUCUAUCUAUCUAUAUAUAUAUCUAUCUAUCUAUCUAUCUAUCUAUCUAUCUAUCUAUCUAUCUAUCUACCUCAUCCUUUUCCUAUCUAUCUAUCUAUCUAUCUAUCUAUCUAUCUAUCUAUCUAUCUAUCUAUCUAUCUCAGCCUAUUCUUAACUAUCCAUCUGUCUAUCUCAGCCUAUUCCUAUCUAUCUUAUCGUUCUCUCUCUCUCUCUCUCUCUCUCUCUAUUUAUCUAUCUAUCUGUCUAUCUCAGCCUAUACCCAUCCGUUUAUUUCACCUUAUUCCCAACAAUCUGUCCAUCUACGUCUUUUUUGUUUGUCUCUUUCUUUCUAUCUAUCUAUCUAUCUAUCUAUCUAUCUAUCUAUCUAUCUAUCUAAGCCUAUUCCUACCUAUCCGUUCAUAUCCGCAUAUUCCUAUCUGUCUAUCUAUCUCAGCCUCUUUCUCCCCUCUGUCUCUCUGUCUGUCUGUCUCUCUCUCUCGUUAUAUAUAUAUAUAUAUAUAUAUAUAUCAGUUUAUUCUAUCGAUAUAUAUAUAUCUCAACAUCUAUCUAUCUAUCUAUCUAUCUAUCUAUCUAUCUAUCUAUCAUUUGUUUACCACUUUUCAGGAACCUAUAAUCUAUCUAUCUAUCUAUCUAUCUAUCUAUCUAUCUAUCUAUCUAUCUAUCUUUUCUUCUAUUGCACUUCUUUCUUUCUUUCUUUCUUUCUUUCUUUCUUUCUUUCUUUUCCACGCUUUUUUAAAAUUAUUUCUUCCAUUUUUUCUUUUUCACUCUUUCUUUCUUUCUUUCUUUUUCUACUAUUUUCUUCUUUGUUGACUCAGACGUCUCUUUCGUUCUCUCAUUUCCUCUUUUACCUUAAGUCUUUUCUUUGUUUUCUAUUGAUAUUGAUUGGGUUCGUACUUUCUUUCUUUUUAAGUAUUUUCCUCUUUGUUUUUGUUGAUAGUGUUUUCUCUUUCGUCCUCUCUUUUUUUCUUUUACCUUAA